AUGGCUGCAGAGGAGCCCCGCCAGCGAGAAGACCCCGCCGCCAGCGGCAAGAAUUGGAAGCAGCAGCAGGUACGGAGAAGUGCGGAAAAUCUGGCCCCGCGAUUUUUUGCUCUUCUCUUCGCCCUCCUCGCCCUUUAUAUCCUCUUUUCACCGCCUUCUUCAAGCCUUUCCCCUCCAGUCGAUCUCUCCUCUACCUCUACUUCUUACUCUGUUCCUACAUCUCAAGUCAUACCAGACAAGAAUAUCGCCAAAAUGUCCUCCUCCGAGCAGACCUUCAUCGCUAUCAAGCCCGACGGUGUCCAGCGUGGCCUCGUUGGUCCCAUUAUCUCUCGAUUCGAGAACCGAGGCUUCAAGCUUGCUGCCAUCAAGCUCGUCAGCCCCGGCAAGGAGCACCUCGAGAAGCACUAUGCCGAUCUCGCUGGCAAGCCUUUCUUCCCUGGUCUGAUUGAGUACAUGUCCUCUGGCCCCAUCUGCGCCAUGGUCUGGGAGGGCCGUGAUGCUGUCAAGACUGGCCGUGCCAUCCUCGGUGCCACCAACCCCCUUGCCUCUUCCCCCGGUACCAUCCGUGGUGACUACGCCAUCGAUGUCGGCCGCAACGUCUGCCACGGCUCCGACUCCGUCGAGAACGCCCAGAAGGAGAUUGCUCUCUGGUUCAAGGAGGGUGAGGUCCUCUCCUGGAAGUCCGCCCAGUUCAACUGGGUCUACGAGAAGGCUUAAAUUGUCAAUGUUGUAACGCCCUGAAUGACGGAAUGGAAAAAGCACAUACAAGUGGGAUGACUUCAUCUCUGUGGGUAUAACAAAAACCAAGACAGAAAAUCUUCUCAAAACCUUCGUGCUCGAUUUCAAAGUGACUAAGGCUUGCUUGUGAAUAUUCCUUUGGCUCUCAUGAGUACCCCAGCAAACCAUGGCGUAGCCCAUACACUGCCGAUGAUACGAACCGGCAGUAAAGCUUUAGUGAUUGCGUACGCGAGAGCAACUUCAACUACCACUUUGUACCGCCCAUCUCCACUAUGCCAGCGCUCCACUGCGUCUUCGGAUUUGGAGUCCGGAUGUGUUGUAGCUGCAUUUGAGGCCUCACCUUCUUCGUUCUGACCAAAACCAAACCAUCCCUUGCGUGUGAAGUACCUCUCA